AAAACUACUUAAAUAAGUAGUCAAAGAAAAAGAAAACCACUUCCCUCUACGAUUCUUUGCUUGAGAGUGUCGCACUCCUCUUUUUCUUUUUCCCUUUCGACAGAUCUCUCUCUCUCUCUCUCCGCUUUUGGCACUUACUGAACAAAUUUUCACAAGCUUUUUUAAUCUGGGUUUCUAGGUUUUCCGGUCAUACUUUGACGACAUUAGAGUAAAAAUUAGAACAGCACAUCAGCAUUGCACCACUGUUUGCAGCUGAUUUAGCCUUCAGAAAUCUUUUAAUUUUCAACGCAGUAAAUCCGGUUUUAUGGUAAAGAUUUUUCCUCACCUGGCUUGAUUUUGACCUCGGAUUUUUUUCCGAAGUUCAUUUCUGGUGGAGUUCUCUCGUGGGUUAUUGGGCAAACCCCUUAAUUUCUAGAAAUUCAUGGAUUGACUUUACUAAUUUCGCCCAAUUUUAUCUGGAAUUCUCGCAAUUUCUGUUCAAGCUUUCGUGAAACCCAAUUUCGGCAGCAUUUAUUCCAAAACCUAGAGCUUAUUUUCGCUCUAUUUCAUCCGGGUGUCUUAAAUUCGAUACCUUUUUCCCAAUUUUCACACAAGCUCGAAAUUGGCUGAAGUUGUUGGGAGAGUUUUGGGCCUGGCUUGAGUUUCAUGUGAUUUUCUGUGGGACAAUGGGGAAUCAUAGCAACAACAACAGUAGCAAUCAAGAAGAUGGGAAUAAGAACUCAUCAACGGUUUCUAAAGGCAGUGGUGGUUUAGGUGGAGCCACCAGGUCAUGGGGUACCACCGUCUCCGGUGGUCAAUCCAUGUCAACUAGCGGUAGCGUGGGGUCGCCUUCCAGCCGGAGUGAGGCUGCGAUGGCUACUACGGUCAGUGAUAGCGCAAUAAUGCGGAUGAACAACCUUGAUAUCCAAGGAGAUGAUGCAGGGUCUCAGGGGACUGCUGGGAACAGGAAGAAAAAGAGAGGACAGCGUGCAGUUGGAGGUGAUAAGAGUGGUCGGGGGCUUCGUCAGUUCAGCAUGAAAGUUUGCGAGAAAGUGGAAAGCAAAGGAAGAACUACAUAUAACGAGGUGGCUGAUGAGCUCGUUGCCGAAUUUUCUGAUCCUAACAAUAGUCUUGCAUCUCCAGAUCAGUCACAGCAACAAUAUGAUGAGAAAAACAUACGUCGAAGGGUUUAUGAUGCUUUGAAUGUGCUGAUGGCAAUGGAUAUAAUCUCUAAAGAUAAAAAGGAAAUACAGUGGAAGGGUCUUCCCCGGACUAGUUUGGACGACAUUGAAGAACUGAAGACUGAACGUCUUGGAGUUCGAAGCCGAAUUGAAAAGAAAGCAGCAUAUCUAGAAGAGUUGGAGGAACAAUAUGUCGGCCUUCAAAACCUCAUACAGCGCAAUAAGCAACUUUAUGGUUCAGGAAACACUCCGACUGGUGGAGUUGCAUUGCCUUUUAUAUUGGUCCAGACACGUCCUCAUGCCACAGUGGAGGUGGAAAUAUCAGAAGACAUGCAGCUGGUGCAUUUUGAUUUCAAUAGCACUCCCUUUGAGCUACAUGACGAUAACUAUGUCCUCAAGGCAAUGAAGUUCGCUGAAAAGUCAAGGAACGAUGGCACCGCCCAAAAUAAUCCUACAGAGGGAGGCGAGAGCUCCAGCAUGGCGACUGCCUACCAAACUCAAGGACCUCAUCCGUCCGGGUCAAGCAUCUCGAGUAGGCCUCCCAAUUCAUCCCCGCUUCCCGGAAUAUUGAAGGCACGUGUGAAGCACGAGCAGCAUUAGGUUGAACUCCAAAACUCAAAUCUCUCGGUAAUAUCCUCAUCACAUCUGUACAUAUAUACUACAUGAAAUGGGAUUGGGGCAGGUGGGCUCGUUGUAGCCUCUCCAUCACCUACAAGAAAUUUUUGCGUGGCGCUGAUGGAGCGAAAAGUAGGAUUUUCGUAUCCCUCAAGUAAGUAUUGAGUAUCUUGAUUACUUCGUAUAUCGUCCUAUACAUAACACACUCUAGGCGUCUAUAAUUAUGUCCCAAUUUUCUUCGUUGUGUAGAAGAUGAAGUUCGACUCUAGGCAGCCAUAUUUCUGACUUGUUAUUUUGCAGAGAUUCAAGAAUGCUAUAUUUUUGUAACUUUUUUUUGGCUACACUUAGCCGAAAACAGGCAUUUGGCUUGUUUGCUUCAAUGAUUUUAAAUAGCCACUGUUAUUCAUUGCUUAAGAAA